AUGAAUUGGUUCCUGCUCUCAGUUUUGCUGGUGGUCACACCAACGGGUUUCGCUCAGAGAUGCCCGAGUGGUUGGACCAUGUACCAAGAUAGCUGUUUCAUUAUCUACACUAACUGGAGGAAUUGGUAUGAUGCCAGGCUGGCUUGCCAAGCACAGCAGGGUGACUUGCCCAUCAUCACCAGCGUGGAGAUGAAUACAUUUCUGAUGACAUUCACGCAGCAAGCAGGGAAUACUGCCUGGAUUGGACUGAAUGAUUUUGAGACAGAGGGAACAUUUCAAUGGAAUGAUGGCACAGCGUUAACUGCUCCUGUUGACACUCUGUGGAUGAGUAACAAUCCUAACGAUCCUGAUGGUUCAGAGGACUGUGCUGCACUGAGAGCCGAUGGGACAUGGGUGGAUUUAUCUUGCAUUUUAAAUAAACACACUUUGUGCCAAAGACCGAAUGAUAUUCCCCUGAAGUGUGAUGAAGCCAACGGCUGGGUCUCGGCUGGUGGCAAGUGCCAUAGGUAUCAGAACUGGGACUCGACGUGGGACGAUGCUAGGCGAUACUGCCAGACCCUAGGUGGUGACCUGAUCAGCAUACAGACUGACGAGGAACAGAAUGUAGCUAGGCUUCAGGUUCAGGCUAACUUUCAGUCCAUCUGGAUUGGCGCGUCCGAUAAGAUCAGUAAUGUAGCUGGUUCCUACACUUGGCCUGAUGGAUCAGCGUUAAGUAUGACCAAUUGGGCACCAGGACAACCUGACAAUCAGUUUUUCUCUCUGGGAGGUAACUGUGCUGGUAUCCUAGACAUGUCUACCAAUGGAGAAUGGAGUACAUCCCCUUGUACCUCACAACGGAAAUUCAUCUGUGAGAAAGAUGAAGGAACUUGUCCUGUUGGAUGGAGAAUCCAUGGUGGUCAAUGCUAUCAGUUUAAUACCUACUCAGCGAUGACUUGGACUGAUGCUAAGCAUAACUGUGAGGCACAAGGUGCUUUCUUAGCAUCCAUCUUCAGUGAUGAUGAGAAUGACUUUGUGUUCCGCCAGUUUGAUGAUCUGACAGGGGUUGGCGUCACUGACAUCUGGAUUGGAAUAUCAGAUUACAGCUUGGAUGGUCAGUUUGCAUGGGUUGAUGGUGCAUCAGUGUCUUACAAUAACUGGAAUCCAGGAAUGCCUGUAGACACGUUGAACCAACCGGACUGUGGAACCAUCUACCUUGGUGACAGUGCUGCCCGAUGGGACACAGCAAAUUGCUUUCUUCUUCAAUCAUUUAUUUGUAAAGUCCCAGUUGGUCAACAAGUAUUCCCACUGGAUCCAAUGUCUGGGGUUGGUAACUGCCCAACUGACUGGAGCUUGUUUGGUGAUUUCUGUUUCUUCGUGGAUACCACCCAGACGUCCUUCAAUGAUGCAGAGACCAGAUGUGAAACCAAGGGAGCCAAACUAGCCAGUAUCCACUCAGCUGAGGUGCAGUCUUACCUCUCAUUGAGAACGUCCAUGAGUAAUACCAAUCUAUGGAUUGGAUUACAUGACCGCAGCAACGAAGGCAUCUUUGAGUGGGUUGACAAAACACCUUUAGACUUUACCAACUGGAAUGUGGGUGAGCCCAACGAUUACGGUAGUGGUGAAGACUGUGUUCAUCUCCGCCCAGGGGAGACAGAAGCUGGAACCUGGAAUGACUUGGUGUGCUCUGGCACUAACUCUGGUUUCAUAUGCCAGUUAGACAAAGAAUGUGAAGUACUGGAUUCUACAUCAACGGAUGAGAACUACUAUUACCGUUACCACCCGUCCCAGGCCAACAUAGAGAGAGUAGAAUUCAAGGUCAAGGCUGCUAGCGACGUCCACAUCGGUCUCAGCUCAGCAAGCAGUAACCAACCGGCCAUGUACGAGAUCAUCAUCGGCGGCUGGACCAACAGCAACUCCGCCAUCCGACGCUGCGCCCAGUGUCCCACUAACGAGGUGUACAUCAGCACGCCUAAUUUUCUCAGCGAUAAAGAAUUCCGCGGCUUCUGGGUCGAGUAUGACCUGGCCACAGGAAAGCUGGACGUGGGAAGGCAGGGUCAGAGUGCGUUUAUGACGUGGACGGACCCCUCACCUUUGGACGUGAAGUACGUUGGUUACUCUACGGGAUACGGGUUCAGCGGCCAGUUCCAGUUUUGCAAUCUUUUUGCCGGUGUAGCUUCAACACCAGUGCCACGGCCAACUCCUGCGUUUGACGCUCGUUGUGGUAAGGGCUGGGAAUAUGCUGAGCUUUUGGGUCAGUGCUUCUGGUUUGCUAUGUCGGACUAUAGGACGUGGGCCGAUGCAAGAGAGCAAUGCAUGCUGGGAGGUGGUGACCUCAUCAGCUUUGUGAGUGCAACAGAACAGACUUACAUCAAUGCUCGUUUGGUGUUUGAAAGUGAGCCCUCUGCGUGGAUUGGAGCUAACGACAUUUCUGCAAAUGGUGGAUGGGUCUGGAGUGACGGGUCACCAUUCAAAUUCCUCAACUGGAAUGCAGGAGAGCCCAAUGAUUUCGAAGACGGUGAGCACUGCAGCGAACUGUACACUUCCAACGGUAGAUGGAAUGACAUCCCCUGUGAACGGACAAUGGGGUACAUCUGCAAGAAAGAUGGUUACUUAGUGUCCCACUUCACCGUCAUCCCUAACUCCUACCUCCAAGAUGUCGACGUUCUCGUCAUCACCAAUAUUUACCCAGAGGAGUGCGCCAAGCGCUGCGUCAUGGAAACCUCCUUUGUCUGCCUGUCAUUUGACUACGAUAAGAAUACAAAGAUUUGUGCGCUGAGCGACAGGAAUAUGGACAGUGUGAAUGGACUGUUUACAGCUAUUGGAGUUGACUACUAUCAACUUGUUCCUGGUAUAGCUCCGCCUACCCAACCCGCUACCCUCGCCCCUGGCUACCGAUGCCCAGCUGGUUGGACUUCCUACGGUGAUUAUUGUUACCAGGCCCAGCCAGGAGACGGUACCUGGACCGAAGCCCUUGAGGACUGCAGAAGAAUGAGUGCGGAUCUGAUCUCCAUCCACGACAGCAAUGAGAAUAAUUAUAUCGUUUCUGUCAUGCUAGAGAAUGGGCUGACUGGUCAAAUAUGGUCUGGCAUGAGCGACACCGUUUCAUCCUUGACCUUCGAAUGGACAGACCGCUCACCGGUCACCUUCACACAAUGGGCCAUCAACGAACCCAACAACUACGAAGGCAAGAAUGAAGAUUGCGUGGAGAUCUACACAGAUGGAACAUGGAACGACCAGGAUUGUGAGGAUCGUAAUCAUUACAUCUGUAAACAGAUGAAGCAGAAUCUGGGACCAACUCAAUUUCCUAUCACUCCAAAUGGCUGUGAUUCGGGUUGGGUCGCCUUUGAGUCAUCCUGUUAUAAAUUUGAAGAUGCUUCAGAAGUGUCUUGGGACCAGGCCAACAAUGACUGCGCAGCAGUAGGAGCACAUCUUAUAGCCGUCAGAGAUAGAUUUGAGCAGUCUUUCCUAGCCAGCCGACUCGGUGUUCAGAACGGUCAGAUGUUCUGGAUCGGGAUGAGUGAAACAGCACAGAAAGGCUCCUACGAGUGGGUUAACAAUGAUCCCAUUACUUACACCAACUGGGGACGAGGACAACCUGACGACUCUAGAGGUAGCUGUGUAGCCUCGUCGUCUGGAGUCAGCAGCGGUCUCUGGAGCGUCGCCAACUGUGACAUGACCAACAACUAUGUCUGUGAGUCGCAACGAACGGGUUACACGCCAGCUCCGGUCGUUACUGAACCCUCUCCGACGUUACCUACCAACAUCGGAUGUCCAGUCGGCUGGAUUGGGUGGGGAGACAACUGCUUCAAGCCCUUCCAACCUGCAAAUAAGAAAUCCUUUUGGGACGCUGAAGCCCAGUGUGUCAGUCUCGGAGCAAAUCUAGCAAGCUUUCAUACCCCCGAGGAAGAAACAUACCUUAAAGUCCAGGCUGACGUUUUUAACAAUGAGCCAUUUUGGAUUGGACUUCAUGAUUCACAAAAUGAAGGAGGUUUUGAGUGGACUGAUGGAUCUGUAGUCUCGUACACCAACUGGAACGACGGUGAACCCAACGACUAUAAUACUGGUGAGGACUGUACAGAGAUGUUCUUUGACAACCGGAAAUGGAAUGAUCAAAGUUGUAACCAAUUGCAAGGAUGGGUCUGCAAAAUCUCGAGAGUUAUGGGUUGUGCAGAUGGAUGGAGGAUCUAUGAUGACAUGUGCUUCUUGAUUCAGCCUCAGAUACUGAGCUACAAUGAUGCGAGGGCAACCUGUGUGGCCGAUCAGGCCGACCUGGCCAUCAUCACUAGCUUGGAUAUGAACACAUGGCUUACACGAUACGUUUCUGCCUCUGGGAAUGCCCAUUGGAUUGGUCUUCAUGAUCUAUCCGACGAGAACCAGUUUGUGUGGGUAGACGGCACGCCACUCAGUUCAGAUCUCGCAACUCUUUGGGAUAAUGGACAACCUGAUAACUACGGUGCCGAUGGAGAGGACUGCACCGUCUUGAAAGAUAAUGGACGAUGGAACGAUGCUUACUGUACUUACAACAAACCAUUUGUUUGCCAGAGACCUGUAGUGUUAUGCCCUGAUGGCUGGACCCUGUACAAGGGACUGUGUUAUAAGCUCAUGCCUGACCAGAAGACUUGGAACGAUGCAAGGCUGACCUGUCAGAGCACGCAAGGAGACCUCGCUAAAAUCACCAGCUCAGAAUUAAACUCAUGGCUUGCCACCAAGGUGGGCGGGGCUGGAGGUGAACAUUACAUAGGUCUCCAUGAUUUGAGUAACGAAGGUCGCUUCUCCUGGACUGAUGGCUCUUCACUGGACCAAAGUCUCACAUCUCUCUGGGAUGUCAGCGAACCCAAUAAUUUUGGUAAUGGUGAAGACUGUGUCGUCCUGAAAGACAAUGCACUAUGGAAUGAUUUAGAUUGCACUGCUCUUAGGCCCUAUAUCUGCGUGAGGCCUUACGGGGAUAUACCGUUUACAACAGCUGUGCCAGAAUUUCCAGUAUGCCCAACCGAAGCAGACUGGUUCCUGAAUGGUGAUUCGUGCUUCUACUUCAGUACAACCGUCGCGAACGCCGAGCGUAAGAGCUGGCAAGAAGCGGAAGGAUGGUGCAACCAGGAAGGCGGCAACCUGGCCUCUGUUCACGGUUCGGAUGAACAGAACUUCAUAAACAACAAGAUGGCUGGGUUGACUGUAGAAUCCCACUGGAUUGGAAUCAGAGAGUACGAAAUUGAGGGAAAAUACACGUGGUCCGACAACACCCCGAUUGACUUUGAGAACUGGGUUGCUGGUGAACCCAAUGACUUCAAUGGGGAGGAACAGUGCGGUGAAUUGUACGCUGGAGAUGGUAAAUGGAACGACGCCAACUGCGGCAUCGAUAAGAACUUCAUCUGCAGGAAGAAUGUCAACUCUGUAAACCCCAUCACCUAUGCACCGACCCCAGUACCCACUGGUAACUGCCCGAGCGGGUCCAUUAAAUUUGACAACUGGUGCUACACGUUCUAUGGGGAGCAGGAGACAGACAGGAAGACAUGGGAGGAUGCCAGGGAAGCAUGCGAAGCAACGUCGGGAUACAGAAUGGCUGUUCUUCAUUCCGCACCACUGCAAGCAUUCCUCACAACCAAGCUGAAGGGCCUGGACUAUCGUAUGUGGAUUGGACUCAGCGAUCUCACCAUCAACUCACAGUUUGUGUGGAUAGACGGUACCGCUGUGGACUUCACCAACUGGGGACCAGGGGAACCAAAUGAAGCCGGUGAUGGGGAGGACUGUGUUGAGAUGUAUUAUGACUCGACCUCGGCUGGAGAGUGGAAUGACGUCAGCUGCUCUAAAGUCAACGGCUACGUCUGCCAAUCAUACAUCGAUCCCUUCCUACCGCCUCAAUUGACGCCCAUCAACCCCUGCCCAGCGGGCUACAGUAACUACGGCAAUGGGUGCUUCAAGGUGUUGCCCACACCGAUGACGUUCAGCGAUGCAAACGCGCAGUGUAAGAGAGACGACAAUGUGUUCCUUGCCAGUAUCAUGGAUCCGUACGAGCAGGCCUAUGUGGAGACCCUCCUUCAUGACAAUGGCGGGACGCCGGUGUGGAUUGGUAUGGUGGACGACAAGGUUGAAGGCAUGUAUCAGUGGGUUGAUGGCUGGCCAAUAUGGUUCACCCACUGGGGGCGUAGUGAGCCCAGCAGAGGGGCCGGUGAGGGAUGCGUUGCCAUGGAGCCCAGCGGUAACUGGAACGACACCAGAUGCAGUGAUGUCUACUACGGAGUCUGUAAAUAUUCUCUGGUACCAUUGCCCACCGAUCACCCAGAUACACCCGGUUACUGUCCAGACAACUGGUCCCCAUACGGCAGUGAUUGUUACUACUUUCAACCUGAAGGCCAGGACCUCAUUGAGUGGCCCAUUGCACAGUUUGAUUGCAGCAGCAUGGGCGGCCAGCUCGCUGAUAUUCACUCUGUCCAGGAGAACGAAUUCGUUCGCACCGGUACCAAACGAUCUGACUCUAUGUGGAUCGGACUUUAUCGCUCAGACACAGGUGGUUUUUCAUGGGAAGACAACUCCGGUGUGGACUACGUGAACUGGGCCGAGGGUGAACCCAGCCUACAGCAUAACGGUGAUCAUGAAAACUGUGUAGAGUUAUACCUCAACAAUGGCCGCUGGAAUGAUAUCGACUGCAAACAGAUUAAAUCCUAUGUCUGCAAAAUGCCAAAAAUGCCGAUUACCUCGGCCCCAGGACUGAAGACCGACAUGCAGAAAACAGACCCCCUUGUUACUCUCCCUGGCGGAGUUACCAAAUCCCCUCAAAAAUCCACUGGUGUCUCCACUGGAGUAAUUAUAGGGAUCAUCCUCGCUGUUCUUGUAGCUAUCCUCUUCAUUGGGCUGGUAGCCUUCUUCAUGGUAACCCGCGCCUCCAACAAAUCAAAAGCCCCUCUCGAUAUCGGCACAGUCGGGUUCGACAACGCUGUGUAUCAUACAGACACUGGGGUAGUUCAGGUACAAGACACAAUGCAGUCGGCAGCUGAGGCUUAACAAAUAACACCCAGCCCCUAUUUAAAAGAGAAGUAUGGCCGUGUCCGAAAUUGUGACUUUGACUAUAGCUACACAGCUGGAUCAGCAUGUCUGCCAGUGUUGAAGAAUAGCUACAGGUGCAAGCUACAUGUAGCCGUAGCUGCAGCCGAAGUCGUUGCUUUGGACACGGCCUACAGCUUUUAUUUGACAAUGAACAAUAGGUCUUUCAGAAAAUGGCCUUAGCCAUUGAAGAAGCUGUCUAGUUGUACUUGAAUUUAAUGACUUUGGCUUAUGGCUAUGGCUUUUUGUCAUAUCCACAGUGGAAGCCAUCCAAUUUAACAGAUCCUACAGAGACUGUGUUAGUGUUACUUAUUGAAUAGUGUGUGGGAAAAAUUGUAAAAGUUAGAAAUGCCCAUUUCUUGCACUUCCAUAAAAAAGGGUGUGAUUGGCAUACAUGUACAUUUUACAACAUUGGUACAAAGUUGAAAAGACGGCUGCUAGGGGCUUUCCAGGUUUGUAAUUUUUAAGUGUAUUUUUGGGUAUAAAAUGUUUAUACAUUAUGAACUGAUCCUAAAAAAUUAAAAUGCAGCAUUACAGUAAUAUUUCCAACACACAUAAAUCGCGUUGAGAACGCCAGUGAGGUUAAUUAAUCAAGAAAUCAAUGGCCUAUAAAGUUGUUAUGUAUAUUUCCCAUCAUGAAUAUUCAGUAUGUAUAAAUAUAAAGCUUUCUUUUUAAUUCUGUUGAAGAAGAGAGAUGCACCUUCCAAUCCAAACAUUGAAGCACAAAUUGUCCUUAAACAAUAGACCGAUCCAGUAGGCUCCGCCCCUGACGCACGUGUGAGCAAGGACACGUGGGGCUCUACAAUGCCUU